AGUUUUUUUCUGUUUAAUGGCUGACAUUUCAAAAGAUUUAUCUACACUAAUUGCAAUCAGAUCUUGCUUAUAUAUAUCCCAUUUCUAACAUAAGUACACCUGCUAUUAUAGUAAUGAAAUUUCUUUUCAUUUGUUCUUUAAUAUUGCAAAGAAUGAAGUUCUACCAUUACAGUUAGUCAUGGUAAUGAUGAGAUAAGUCAAAUCUUAUUAUAAUAAAGAUAAAGUGUCACAGAGUGCCCACAAUCAAAACAUUCAAUGUAUCAAAUAUAAAACUAGUAACAAUACUUAAAUUACAGGUCAUCAAGGCAAGGGUCAUCAAGGCAGUAGUCUUGAGCUUAAUUUCAAAUUCUGAAUCUUCAUGCUCUUUUCAUAAUGGGCUGUUUAAAGUAUGAAAAAUUUCUUUUUGUUGUAAAAGAAUCACUCUUAUGUCUAGUGUUGAGAUCACAUACUUGACUACUGACAAGAGUGUAUGAUCAUUAAAUGCUGUAUUUCAGUUUCUACACGAGUGUCCUAUAAUGCAUACAACUGCACUGCUCGGACACUAAUUCCAAUUCAAGUUGUUGCACUUUAUUUUCAGCAGACUGCAUAUACCAAUGAAAUAUUCGUGGUUCUAUGUAAAUUUUUGUGGUGUUUGUCCUUAAGAUGUUUAUUCCACCACUCCUCGCUGUUACUGGUGUCCAUACCUGACAGCUGUGAUCCUUUGUGGUCCAACUGUAACUAGUCUACCAAAAGUCAAGUAACCCUGCUGCUUCAGUAAGUACAUGUUACUUAUAAGGAAUGUUUGUGAACCCUAAUAUACAUUACAACAUAUGAAGGAAUGUACUGUGCAAGCAUCUACUUUGACAGUGAUAUAGGAGACAUGUGGCAAAUGCUGUAAACAAUAUGAUGAAUAUGACAUGAUGUUAUUGGAAUUCUUUUUUUUAAUGAGGUAAGCUACAGAUAAGUGUCUUACCACAACAAUAUUUCUUAAUAUCACAUUCACUGCAUUUGCCAACUUGCAAGUGAACUGUCACCUUCCAACUUAACCUAUACCUCGGGCAAAGCUACAGAUUAGUCUGUCACCACAACCAAUUUUUUAUGCUGUCAUAUUCGUUGCUUUUGCCAGCUAACAACAAAACUGUGAAAUAUAUGCACCAAAAGGUGACUCGACAGCAGCCAUUAACAUUACAUCACUGGUCAAAGAUGACAACUCUUAUUUAACAUUCCUCCUGAGCUAUAUCACCAUAAUGUCUUGCUCUAAUGAAACAACUAUGGCUUGUAUUUGUAUCUGCAAGCAGGUGAGUGCUUUACACAUCUGACACUGACUGCAACAAGAACAGUUUGUAGUGAAACAGCUGUUAUUUGAAUUUAAUGUACAAAGUAAAACUAGUCUGACACUUUUGCCAAAUAUGGCUUUCUUCUGCAGUUUUCACGAUGGAUUCUGAUUGUUGUUAUUACACUAAACUCCUCUAAUACAGAAAUAUCAAGAACUAUUGUCACUAUGUGUGUACCGGAAUGUUAUUAUACUACAGGGCAGCAACGCAUUAACUCUUAACUUCCAGCAAUAAUUUACACAUUUCCAGAAUGAAAGUAAGAGGGAGUUGAAACUGUGAGGGUGAAUCUUAUCUGCAUAUUCACUUAUUAACAGUAUUGCCUGGAUAAGACAAUGUUCCGCAUUUGAGCUCCACUCGAGCACACAGUUUCAGUUUGCCUGAUUCUGGACGUGGCCUGAGUUAUCACUGUUAUGCAUCACACAAUAAAACACAAUAAUCACACACAAAAUAGCCAUUACAGAAUAAUUAUACAAGACAUUAUAAUAAAUCCCUGUAGCACUCCUGCAGGGAACAUUAGACAGUACGUUGACCAAUUAACACACAUAAUUAAAACUGUGAUUCAUGGUGCUAUAUUUUGAACAACACAGAAAGAUUUCAUAACAGCAAAGUUGUAAUGCAGUGUAACCAUAUUAAUAUAAAGUUCAAUUCAGAGCCAAUAAACAAGCACUUGUGUCUUCAGUAAUUGCUUCUUUAAUGAACACUUCAAGUACAGUAGGAAUAAUGGCUUGUUGAUAGUACCAUUAUUCAAGGCAGGGAAAGUACUUACAGACUGGGACACAAAAUUUAUGCGGAACUAUGAAAAUAGUUUCAAACUUAAAUCACUUCUUUUCUGAAAUAAAAAAUGCAUGUAGCUGCUGAGACGUCAGUUACACCUUAAUCGAGGCUGUAGUGCUCUGCCAACAUCCUAGUAAAACAAUUGUGACUCAGAAGCAGAUGCCAUUUCCCCAUAUGAGUCAAUCAGUGCUCAUUCAGUGGGAUUUGUUAACAUCGCAAUACCAUGUCGAUACAUCAAUGUCAUUAACUGAAAAUAUACAAACCUCAAGAAAUCGAAAAUCUCAAUGGGUGGUGUCACUAUCAACAUCACAAUUGUAGCAAAAUAGGUGCCGACAAACUAACAGGAUCUCUAUGGAACUAGAGACAUUGUGGUAUGUAUUUUAUGGUUAUUAAUGCUUUUGAAUAUAUUAAAACCUUUGAAAUAUUGGACUAUGUCAGAAAAUAAGUUAUCAGGAACGUAAAUGUAGUUUUGGGUCAUGGCACAUAAAAGGAAAAAAAGAGAAAAAAACUGUUGUAACAUAUUCGUUAGCUUCACCAUCUCACUGCCAGUCAACCACAUUUUAACCUAACUUAGACCUUGAGCUACAUCUACAUGUGUGCUACAGUUUAGUCUGUCAGACAUCAGUGGUGAAAGCAGAAUGGUAUUAUCACAGUUAUUAUAAACUCCCUAUCUCCACUACUAAACCUUUUGCGGAUCAUCGUCUUCACCAGACCUUUGUAAGACUUAUAAGAAAUGCAAGCUAAUCCAACAUUCUCAAGAGUGGAACAACAUAUUGUAAACCAAAAGUGUGAAUGACGUCUAUCAAUGAUACACACAAGUGAAGCAUUGCAACAAAAUGGUGCCACACUUAAAAGAAUAUUCAUAUGGUUUGCACUGUUGAUUAGGCCCCCAAAAAUUUGGUUUUGUGACAACAAAUCUCUUGAAAAACAGUCUCAGAUUCACCUAAUAUUACACCCUUCUUCAGAAAACAAACUUAAAAAGCAAGCUUUAAAGAUUGUGAUUUUGUAGGAAUAUCAAAAUACACUAAAUGUUGUCUGAGACCAAAUAUGUGAAGUGUCAGUUAAUUACAUGAAUUGAAAACAGUCUUGUGUGAAAUCAAACUUACCCAAAUUUGUCACUGAAACACCAUUAAAGAAGAGGCGCACUAACAUAAAAUUAGAGAAAGAAACCAAAAGAAAUUGUGAGCAGUGUUCUCUAUGUUUAUUCAGUGACAUUGUAUGUUGCAGCCUAAGUAGAUAUAACAUGGUUUUCAUUUGUACUCUCAGAAAUUGCAGAUUCGUUUGAGAAGUUACGUUUCAAACAUUUUGAUAAUUAUAAAAUUACAUAGCCUGUUUACUUACCAAUCUUGACAAUAGAAAAAAGUUACCCACAACUUGAAUGUCACAUUCAAAACUUUUCCAACUGUGAUUAUUAAUGGAAAUGAAUUGUCCAGAAUUUUGAAAUUAUGACUUGAGUACGAAUAAGUAGUUCAACGUGAGCAAGAAACACACUAUGGUUAUUUAUGGCAUCUUUUACUCUCUCUCUCUCUCAACCCAAUAGACCAAAAUAUGUGCCCUUUGGACAGCUGCAGUGAAUUAGCAUUCAAAGCAGCUAGCAUAUAGUAAUAGAAGUGCAGCAGGAUAUCAACUGAGAAAUUUUAUUUGUAAUUCUUGUACUUCCAUAUUUAUCACUCACUAUACAGGAUGCUGACUUUUUCAACAUGAACAGGAAAAUGUAAUAAACUAAUAUCCAACACCUUGCUAAUGUUAACAUAUAAUAGAUCUGAGGAUAAUGUAAUACAUAUGUGAUUCAGAUUAGCCAAGUCGCUAUUGUAUUAUCGAAAAUCCUUUAACUCAAGAAAUAAAUUGAUAAAUUGUGGUCUGAUGUGUUGAAGUUCAAAAGGAACUGAUUGUGGAGUACAUCCGCAUGCUUGCCAUGUACUUUCUGAUGCUUUACAGUUUACACCAUUUAUAGUUUGUUUCUCAAGUUUCAUUCUGGAUUUCAGGCUCCAUUUUAAUGCAUUCAAGCUGUGUGUGAUUUUUACAUUUUUGGACAUUAGCUCCUACUUAUAAAAGACUUUUUGUCCUAGUCCUUGCGUUUUUGUGUUGCGCAUACCUGUCAUGUUUAUCCAUUCUGCUUACCAGGUUUCUAAAUGCACAUAUCACUUGGAGAUUCUCUUUCCCGGCUGUUACAUUUAAUCCUCUGGCAUGUCCACCUGUGACACUUUUUUCUUAUUUAUGUGCAUAUAUUAGUUUGCUACUACAUUACAAUUCUGUUCACUGUCGGCAUACAGUAUUAUUCAAAGAACUGUGACUGACGCACGAACAACAGGGAACUAACGUGCAUCAAGAUUAGAAAAUAGUCCAUUGAUAAUGGCCAGGCACUAGCCGGAAUCUGGAUUUUGAGAAAAAAAAAGGAACUGGUUGCUGCACUCUAUUAUGUAUAAAUCAUAUAACAGUCACUGAGUGCGCCCACUUUCCUAAUGGAAGGUGACCUAAUAAUAGUUCAAUUCCCUCUUUCCAUUAUCAGUGAAGUGGUGGCAGUGAACUUGUGUUACACCUUUGCUGUCAGUACAAAUGACCCACUCUGAAGAGAAAGAGUGGGUUUCCAUAUCUCCCUCUCUUCGAUACUAUGCUGCCUAAAAAAGGAAAAACAUUUUAUUUGAUCCCUCAGUAUAAGAGGCCUUUUCUUAUUUAUAAUGUGACAGUACUCUCCGAAAGGUGAUCUUAUUUGCAUUUUGAAUGUGCUUCUACAUUCCAUGUACACAAUACCCAGUCAUUUUGUUGUGUGUUUAUACAUGAAAGCUGCUUGGCAGCAUUGCAGUAGUGAAGUUGCAAAAAAACUGUGGGAGUUUUGUGAUGCAUUGUCUUGGACUCCAGCUGCACCUUUAGUUAAACAUGGUCAUGCAUUGUGUGCCUUCACCUGUCAGCCAUGUCUACUUGUAUUAACACUUUUGAUCCAAACUCCCAUUGUUUUCAUUAUCUUCAGUAUUAUUCAAAAUUGUUGUUGCUGAUUUUACACACUCUGUGCGUACUCCUCUGUAAUCCUCAGCCUAUAUCUCCCACGUUCACAAUCUCGACUUAUCAAAACAGAUUGUGUUGUAUAAAUUGCACACAUACUGGUGAAUAAAUAUGUUUUCUUUCAGUGUGUCAUGUGAAUUCAUUGCUGUACAGGCCCACAAGGUGCAGGGCAGACAGAGCACAAAGAGAUUCUAUUCCUUCUAAUUGCAGGUCAAGUGCAAAAGAUCUCUGUUCCAGAGGAUAUUUCAGUACUAAAUGCACAUGAAUAUUAAAGUCAAGUGUAUUCAAGGAAUAAACCCGACCCACUCAGAAGCAUUUCAAAUCAAAUUAGAUUCUGUGUUACAUCUAUUUCAAUAGAUGCAUUAGCACAUCAUGUGAUACUAAAACUGCAGUCUUGUUUGGUGCUGGUAAUCUUUCCAGUGUACUUCCUUUGAACAAACCGUCAUCUGAGCCUCUUCUUAAAUUGUUCUAGAAUUUAUUUUUUUUACGUGUAAUAUAUUAAAUGAUAACUUUUGAAACAGGAAAAUUAUUGCACUGGAAAAUAGUCAUAUUUUAACUCUCUUAACAAGACCCAGACAAUCCUGUGGUCGAUCAAUAUCUUGCUGUCUCUACUGCGACUAACACAUUUUUGCCUCACUCAGAAACAAUCAGCAGUUUCGACCUAUGACACUCGCUUAAGUAAUUGUAGAAAUUACAUUUUUAGUUAAAAAUUCUGGUGAUAUACAAUUCCAGUACUCACAGCUUUUCAAUAAAAAAAGUUUAUUAAAACUUAAAUUGACUUAAGGAAAUUGUAAAAUUACAAAGAGGCAAUCUGUAAGGACCAUUCUUAUCUUCAGGAGAUGAAAUUCCAGUGUUGCUGUUACACUAAAAUAAAAACAAAGGAAAAAACUGUCCUAGCUUUCAAAAUUUGUAGUACCUUCCUUAAGGAAAUAUAGGAAAGGGUAUAAAGGAGGGGCUUUUAAUUCAGACCCCAAGAGGAGUGGGGCCUACUUGUAAUGUGGAGUAGAGUAGAAAUGGUGAAGGGGAUGACAGGAGGAUACAGUGAGAAGUAAAUAUGAAUUAAGAUGAAGAGAAGUGAUACAUUAAAUGAAUGAUCGCUUAUGGACUGGGAGGAAAGCAGAAAAGUAGACAGGAUAGACCAAAGCAAGAGGGACAGAGAGGGGGAUGGUGAGACAUGAAUAUAGAAAAGUAAGUUGCUGAGAAUAUAAUUGAGUACAUAAAUGGAGAAGUACUACCAAAGCAAGGUGUGUCAACAGGUCUCAAGGGCCCUUCCUGCGUGUCCUGUGGCCAUUAUGAUCCUCUGGCCCAAUACUAGUUUUCUGAACUCUAAAGAUGGUAACUUGCUCUCCAACAUUUUGUCAAGUCCUGUCACUCUCCUGAGCAUACAUCCUCAUUUUAUUACUUUAUAGUAUGUCUUUAUACACUGAAUCAGCAAAGAAACUGAUAUAGCCAUGUAUAUUCAAAUACAGAGAUAUGUAAGCAGGCAGGACUAUAUAAGACAACAAGUGGCUGGGGCAGUUGUUAGAUCGGUUACUGCAGCUAAAACGGCAGGUUAUCAAGAUUUAAGUGAGUUUGAAUAUGGUGUAAUAUUGGCACACGAGCCGUGGGACACAGCUUCUCCAAGGCAGCAGUGAAGUGGGGGUUUUCCUGUACAACCAUUUCACAAGUGUACCGUGAAUAUCAGAAAUCCCAUAAAACAUCAACUCUCCGACAUCGCUGCAGCCGGAAAAAGAUCAUGCAAGAACGGGACCAGUGAUGGCUAAAGAGAAUCGUUCAAUGUCACAGAAGUGUAAUCCCUCUGCAAUUUGCUGCAGAUUUCAAUGCUGGGCCAUCAAGAAAUGUCAGCAUGUGAACUAUUCAACGAAACAUCAUUGAUAUGGGCUUUCAGAGCCGAAGGCCGACUUGUGUAUCCUUGAUGACUGUAAAACAUGAAGCUUUACUUCUUGCCUGGGCCCAUCAACACUGACAUUGGGCUGUUGAUGACUGGAAACAUGUUGCCUGGUCAGAUGAGUCUCUUUUUCAAAUUGUAUUGAGCGGAUAGACAUGUACAGUUACAGAGACAACCUCAUGAAUCCAUGGACCUUGUAUGCCAGCAGGGGACUGUUCAAGCUGGUGGAGGCUAUGUAAUAGUGAGGGGUGUAUGCAGUUGGAGUGAUAUGGGACCCCUGAUAUGUCUUUGGUAUGACUGUGACAGAUGACACAUACAUAAGCAUCCUGUCUGCUCACCUGCAUCCAUUCAUGUUCAUUGUGCAUUCCAAUGGACUUGGGCAAUUCCAGCAGGACAAUGAGACACCCCACACAUCCAGAAUUGCUACAAAGUGGCUACCAGAACACUCUUCUGAGCUUAAACACUUCCGCUGGCCUCCAAACUCCCCAGACAUGAGCAUAGCUGGGGUGCCUUGCAACAUGCUGCUCAGAAAAGAUCUCCUUGUAUGGAUUUAUAGAUGGCCCUGUAGGACUCAGGGUGUCAGUUCCCUCCAGCACUACUUCAGACAUUAGUCCAGUCCACUCCACAUUAAGCUGUGGCACUUCUGCUUGCUCGUUUGAGCCCUACACAAUAUUAGGCAGGUCUACCAGUUUCUUUGGCUUGUCAUUGUAUAUUUAAUCAAUUAUUUUCUCAGUCACUUUUUUCCACUCCCUCUCCCUCCCUUUCCAGAUUUCUCCUAUUCCUUAAUUCCUACUCAUUCCUCUCUUAAUUCGUAUCUGCUUCUCUCUCUAGGCUGGGGAAGCUACAGUUUUUACCAAAGUAGCAGACUCUCACAUUAUACUUAACCUCCCCUCAUCCUCAAAGCAGGUUUGUAUAACUGACCAGCCAUUUCUUCCUAGCCUUUUGCAACCUAUCUCCAUUAAUGGUGUCGAAACCCAGGACAUCUUUCUCUACUUGGCUCGUCAAGUAAGAUCCCAGCGACAGUGAUGGCUGCGAUAUUUCCAUUGAAAGGUAGAGGUGGUCUAUCUGGAGACCUGGGAGCGCUGCUGGAGUCGAAGGAGGCUGCUGACGUCACACUGGAGGUGUCUGGGUCACAGCUGUUGGUGCACAGGGCCAUCCUAACAGCCCGCAGUCCAGUGUUUAGAGCCAAGCUAAGGGACAUCACAAAAGAGAGCGGCAGCCUCACUGUACAGAUCUCUGACAUGAAGGACGAAGUCAUGAAGCAGUUGCUCUGUUUCAUGUACACAGACCAGGUGCCAGACCUGUGUACUUAUGCAGCACCACUUCUAGUGGCAGCAGAUGAGUACGGCAUCCCACUGCUGAAACAAGUGUGUGAAGCCAUGUUGGCCAAAGGGAUCACUGUGACCAAUGCUUCAGAAAUGGCGGUACUUGCUGUGAAACACUCAUGUACUAAACUGAAGGAGGUCACCAUCAACUUCAUACGGACACACAAUGAAGUUAUGGGCACGAAUGGCUGGGAGGAUGCGAUCCUCAAGCACCCACGAACGGUCGCACAGAUCUGCCGUCUCAUGGUGGCCAAACCGUCAGAAAAGAGCAAGGAACAGUUGCCGUCGCCAGAUACGCUGCCAAGCAGAGGUCACCUGGAAGAGGAUAUGGCAGUGCUGCUGGAAUCUGGAGAGGCAGCAGAUGUGACGCUGAGGGUGGGCAAGCAGGGCGCCCGGAUGGCAGCCCACAGGGCAUUGCUGGUGGCACGCUGCCCUACACUCGCUGCCAAGCAGCACGUCGAGAGCACAGAGCCGAGUGUCCUCACACACGUCCUGCGCUUCCUCUACACAGGGCAGGUGGCACUGGAGGUGGACUCAGCAGGGGAGAUGCUCACUGCUGCCGAGAGGUUUUCCCUACCAGAGCUCGCGGAGCGGUGUGAGCGGGUGCUUAUGGAGGGUCUGUCUGUGGAAACAGCUGCAACAGCAGCCGUUGUGGCUAUUAUGAACUGCCGCCUCACUCUCAGGAGUGCGGCUGUUCAGUUAAUCAUGCGACAUGCCCCACAGGUGAUGGGGACUGAUGGCUGGAAAGCGGCCCUACGGAACCACACAGAAGUCGCUGUUGAAAUCUGCAGUCUUGUCUCAGCUGCAGCUGCUGCUGCUGCUGCUGCAGUGGCAGUCAGUCCGGAUAUCAGUGUGCCAACUGCACAAGACAGCUGUCGAACCCCUGGCUUUCGGCUCCAGAGUGGUCAUACGUCUGCCACGGCUGUGCCAACCCAAGAUUCCCACCAAACACGUCAGACACAACCACCCGGUGGCACACAGUUCCAGGGAGACCACGCUCAGAUAUCUGCCACACCUGAAGAAGCACUACCACUCACAAGAGCCCACCAGAUCUCGAAGGCUGACCCACUUAACGGCUUCCUCUCUACCGUGUGCAGCACGCCAGCAGACGAGAUGAAUAGGAGGCUUCUCCAGGCAGUUAAGGAUGGAUCAAUGGAGGAAUUACAACAACUGCUAGCUUCAGGGGCCGAUGUGGGAAUGCGGGACUGUUACAGGAUGACUGCCUUGCACUGGGCAGCCGAGAGAGGAUACCUGGAGACAGUCGAAUGUCUCUUGAAGAAUGGGGCUGAAGUGGAUUCCAGGGACAGGUGGCAGCGCACACCCCUGCACAGAGCAGCAGAGAGGGGCCACCGAAGUGUGGUAACUGUGCUGCUGAACGCGGGGGCAGACAGGGAAGCUGUAGAUAACUUGGGGAACACCCCCUUAAAGCUGGCCAGAAGGAAGGACAUUCGACAUAUGUAGCAUAGGUGGCAUAGAUGGCUACUAAGAAAUGAUGCUUGUAGUCCAUCUUCAUCUUCUGUAAACUAGCCAAUGCUCUUGUACUUGCAUGUACAAAUUACGUGACAGCGAUACGUGUAUCAGAUAUCAAUGUGUGAUCAAGACGGACAUUUAGAAACAAAAAUAUCUUAUUAGUAAUAAACAGUGGUUUGUAAAGUAAUUCAUAACUGGACAUUUGUCUGUACUAGCAUAAUGGAUGUAUGCUUGACUGUAACAAAUUAGGCUUUACUCAGACUGGUGCUACACCACUUUUAUGGUUAAAGUUAUCUUCGGUUAUACAAUUAUUCAAAGAUUACUUGUCUGUAGCACAGAUGAUGUUACAUUCUUGUACAAUAUCAAAUAUCACACCUGUAAAAAGAUUCGAACCACGUUAUGUGCAUACUAUUUCAUGUAUUAGUCUACUGUGAAUAAAAGAGAACAGAACAUUUUGGAAAAAGAUUAAAGAGAGUUGUCCAUCCACAUUCCAUUCCACAUGGAGUGUAAUUAUCUUCUCUUGAGCAUAUUUUUCUGUAAACUUAAUGCUGCAACCAGAAACACCACAAGUGGUUCAUUCCCUAUAUGGGCUGCACAGCUGUACUGCUUUAGUUACAAAAAAUGCUACUGCCUGUCGAGUAGUAUGGAUCUCCAAUCUCACAUUACAAAAUGAUGCUACAAAUCUGUUCCAUUGACAUGUACAUGAUACCAAGUAACACUGAGCAUGUUGUGUGUUUAACAAUGCUCUUAUUUGGGAUAUUAGAUCUCCAAUGCUUACUGUUGACUUUUAGUGGUCAAAAUCAAAGAUUCCAAGUUUCAUGUGAGUAGUUCGCUGUGUGAAAGAUGGCAGAAAUGCAAGGAGGAGGCAGUGGUAAGGUACUGCACUCAAAAAAUAAAUUUCUUACACAACAAAUUUUGUUUU